AUGUCCUACAACUGCUGCUCUGGAAACUUCUCCUCCCGCUCCCUCCGGAACCACCUGCGCUAUCCAGGCGCCUCCUGUGGCUCCUCCUUCCCCAGCAACCUGGUCUACAGGGCUGACCUCUGCCCUCGCAGCCCCUGCCAGCUGGACUCCUCUCUCUACAGCCAGGAGACCUGCUGUGAGCCCAUCAGGACCCAGACUGUGUUGUCCAGUCCCUGCCAGACGUCCUGCUACCGCCCGAGGACCUCCACGUUCUUCAGUCCCUGCCAGACGACUUGCUCUGGGUCUCUGGGCUUCGGUUCCAGCUGCUCCCUGGGUUAUGGAUCUAGAAGCUGCUACUCUCUGGGCUAUGGAUCCAGAAGUUCCUCCUCAGCGGCCUGUGGAUCCAUAGUCUUCAGACCGCUGGGUUAUGGAAUUCUUGGCUUCCCUUCUCUGCGCUGUGGAUCCAGGUUCUACCACCCAGCCUACUUGGCUUCUAGGAGCUGCCAGUCUUCUUACUACAGGCCAAUCUGUAGAUCGACCUUCUGUAGAUCAACUUGUUGA